AAUAUCACGCUGGCGAGAUUGCGGCCUCGUAUGCCCCGUGGGUUGGCCGCGUCGGCGCAAAGUAGGGACGAUGUAAGAAGAGCCACGUGAGUGAAGAGCAACGUGUGACAGAAAUUCGGACUAUCCUAUCGCUGGCGUGUUGGCUUGCAGAUCUUGGUACGCGGGCCCGGACCGGCUGCUGGAUAGGUAGCACGGGGUAUGAAAUACCAUGCAGCUUAAGAAGAUGUCAUUAUUGACUAUCUGCUUUAAUUGCAGCCGCCUACAGCUGAUAUGUUCGCUUAUGCAGAUAGACGACGCGGAGGGCUGGCUUGUGCGACACGAUAUGCUGCUCCGAACUGGGAGAGGGAGACGGGAGAAAGCCGCUGAGCCACAGUUUGGCCUCUGGGGAGAGCAGCCGCUCCUGAUUUUCGGCGGACCGGGGAUGAUCCAUGUGCGGUGCAGCAGCAUCCCUCCCCCUGUGUGGCUAAGUGAUCAUCUCCGGUGGGAGAUCGAUCUGGAGAUUUCGGGCAUUCGAGACACCUGCCUUACAUGCCUAGGUACGUAGAUACACGCACGCCAAUAAUUGCCUAAGUAGGUAGGCAGGUUCUUGUCGGUUCUCGAGCAGGCGACCACCUGUUGAGCAGGACAGAAGUGGCGACGCUACG